AUGCCCUUGAGACACAUAAUACUGACCGGUGCACCUGUACCUAGCUCCCUUCGCUGGGAUGAAGCAGAUCUCCAGCCAGCAUCAGACACCCCGAGCAGACAUCAGGAGACGGAUGAGAUACGAUGGCGGAGCCUGGAGCCCGUCAGGAACACUACGAUAUUCACUCCUCCUGUCGACGAGGGCGGAUCCUUCUUUACAGCGGGCGCAAUCCAGAGAUACAGCGGAGAGCCGGUCAGCGGCCUGGAGACCCUGUCUGGCUUCUACGACCACUCCUUUGCAUUCCACGAAGGCAUCCCGUCUACGUCCCUGGAUGAUACGAGGUCGUUCGGUGAUGACUCGGGCCUAUCCACCGGCCUCGAGGACAGUACGUCAGACGGGAACGGAGAGCGCAUUCGAUCGUCCGUCUCCGGCCACCUGAGCGACCUUGAAGACCUGCCGGAUGCAACGUAUAUACAAGGUCUGGCUCCACGUAUGAUCACCGUCAAUCUGAUAGUGGCCGUUAUCACGGUCGAGCAGCGUCGCCGAGUCCGCACUCGCUGGGGCCGCGCAAUGGAUAUCAUCGAGCUGCUGGUCGGCGACGAGACCAAAUCCGGUUUUCGUAUUAGCUGCUGGAUCGCACCCCAAGGCGACAGGCCGGAUCACGAAGCCAGCAGCAGCAAGACUGCGAGUCCGCUUGAACGGGCUCUCGAGGGUCUACGCCCGUGUGACGUCGUUCUCCUGCGGUCUGUCGCCUUGAGCUCCUUUCGAGACCAGGUCUACGGCCAGAGCUUGCGGAACAACGCUACCAAACUCGACCUGCUGCACCGGCGACCUGUUGAUGUAACGGAUUCAGAGGGAAUAUAUCCAGGCCGGGUCCUCGCCCGCGACAGGGACUCGGACGACCCGCAAAUGGCAAAGGUAGCAAGACAGAAGUACUACAAUCUCCGUCCAGCUCCACGUCCCUCCGUAGCCACCGUAGCAAGGCAGUAUACAGAAGCGAGCAAGGCUCCCUCCGACAGGUAUCUACCUAUCAUCUCGCUGUGUUUCACUACCACCCGCCGCCACCAGCGACAGAGCCGUCGAGAUUUGAUGGCCCAUUCGACUGAUAUCACGGUGAUAUAUGGAGCCCUCGACGGUUUCAACAAGGGCCGCGACGCCUCUGGGGAGUGGCCAGGGUGGAAUGAGUACUUAUAUGUACCUGUCGCUGCAGCGAGAAACGGGCGCGGGCAGAAGUACCUCGAGCCCGCCAAACUCGCCCUCUACACCAGCUUCCCCCCGUUUCAACGACAUCAAACAACCGCCAUCAUGAAGGCUUUAAUUCUCGUCGGCGGUUUUGGAACCCGUCUCAGACCAUUGACUCUCACUCUCCCAAAGCCAUUGGUCGAGUUUGCCAACCGUCCUAUGAUCCUCCAUCAGGUCGAGAGCUUGGCUGCUGCUGGUGUGACAGAUAUUGUCCUGGCAGUCAACUACCGGCCAGAUGUCAUGGUUGCCGCCCUCAAGAAGUAUGAGGAAUUGUACAAUGUCAAGAUCGAAUUCUCCGUCGAAUCUGAGCCCCUCGGCACGGCCGGCCCUCUCAAGCUCGCCGAGAAGAUCCUAGGCAAGGACGACUCCCCAUUCUUCGUCCUCAACUCCGACGUCAUCUGCGAAUACCCCUUCCAGAAGCUCGCGGACUUCCACAAAUCCCACGGCGAGGAGGGCACCAUCGUUGUCACCAAGGUCGAGGAGCCGUCCAAGUACGGUGUCGUCGUCCACAAGCCAAACCACCCCUCUCGCAUCGACCGCUUCGUCGAGAAACCCGUCGAAUUCGUCGGCAACCGCAUCAACGCCGGCAUCUACAUCCUCAACCCCAGCGUACUCAAACGCAUCGACCUCCGCCCCACUUCCAUCGAACAAGAGACAUUCCCCGCCAUAUGCAAGGAUGGCCAACUCCACUCUUUCGAUCUCGAGGGUUUCUGGAUGGACGUCGGCCAACCCAAGGACUUCCUCAGUGGUACCUGUCUGUACCUCACCUCCCUGACCAAGCAGGGCUCCAAGCUGCUCGCAUCCCCCAAAGAGCCAUACGUUCACGGCGGAAACGUCCUGGUCGACCCAUCCGCGAAGAUUGGCAAGAACUGCCGCAUUGGACCCAACGUGACCAUCGGCCCUAACGUUGUCAUCGGUGACGGCGUACGACUACAGAGAUGUGUGCUGCUGGCAAACUCCAAGGUCAAGGACCACGCCUGGGUCAAGUCCAGCAUCAUCGGCUGGAACAGCUCUGUAGGUCGCUGGGCACGUCUGGAGAACGUCUCCGUCCUCGGUGACGAUGUGACUAUCGGUGACGAGGUGUAUGUCAACGGUGGCUCUAUCCUUCCUCACAAGAGCAUCAAGCAGAACGUCGACACGCCCGCUAUUAUCAUGUAG